GCCGGGCUGGGCUGCGCGCAAGAGCUCGACCGCCGCCCCUACCGGUUGCACCCCCUGGUUACACCAGGCCACACAGGCGGGCAGGCGCAGCCAUGACCACCGCCAUCCUGGAGCGCCUGAGCACCCUGUCGGUGAGCGGGCAGCAGCUGCGCCGGCUGCCCAAGAUCCUGGAGGACGGGCUGCCCAAGAUGCCCUGCACGGUCCCGGAGAGCGACGUGCCGCAGCUCUUCCGCGAGCCCUACAUCCACACCGGCUACCGGCCCACCGGGCACGAGUGGCGCUACUACUUCUUCAGCCUAUUUCAGAAACACAACGAGGUGGUCAACGUGUGGACCCACUUGCUGGCGGCCCUGGCCGUGCUCUUGCGCUUCUGGGCCUUCGCGGAGACCGAGGCCCUGCCGUGGGCUGCCCCGCACUCCCUGCCGCUGCUGCUCUUCAUCCUGUCCUCCAUCACGUACCUCACCUGCAGCCUGCUGGCCCACCUGCUGCAGUCCAAGUCCGAGCUCUCCCACUACACCUUCUACUUCGUGGACUAUGUCGGCGUGAGCGUGUACCAGUACGGCAGCGCCUUGGCCCACUUCUUCUACAGCUCCGACCAGGCCUGGUACGAGCGGUUCUGGCUUUUCUUCUUGCCAGCAGCUGCCUUCUGCGGCUGGUUGUCUUGUGCCGGCUGUUGCUAUGCCAAGUACCGUUACCGGAGGCCUUACCCAGUCAUGAGGAAGAUCUGCCAAGUGGUGCCCGCAGGGCUGGCUUUCGUUCUGGACAUCAGCCCUGUGGCACACCGCGUGGCUCUCUGCCACCUGGCUGGCUGCCAGGAGCAGGCAGCCUGGUACCACACCCUCCAGAUCCUCUUCUUUCUGGUCAGCGCUUACUUCUUCUCCUGCCCGGUGCCUGAGAAGUACUUCCCGGGUUCCUGUGACAUCGUGGGCCAUGGACACCAAAUCUUCCAUGCGUUUCUGUCCAUCUGCACGCUCUCCCAGCUGGAGGCCAUCCUCCUGGACUACCAGGCGCGGCGGGAGAUCUUCCUGCAGCGCCAUGGGCCCCUGUCUGUCUAUAUGGCCUGCCUCUCUUUCUUCUUCUUGGCAACCUGCAGUGCUGCCACUGCUGCCCUCCUGAGGCACAAAGUCAAGGCCAGACUGACCAAGAAGGAUUCCUGAAGCUGGCCAGUGGGGCAAGCUGUGCAGGCAGCCUGUGGUGAUUGGCAGAAAACUUGAUACAAUAGAAGUUGACUUUUUACCUUUAAGCGUUGGCUGUUAAGUUAAUAUGUAUUUCCAAGAUAUGCUAUACUGCAGUAUUUGAGAGCCAAAGGAUUCAGGAGUUUUGUUGUUAUCAAUAAAGGUUUUCCUCUCCCUUUUGGAGCAUAGUCCUACACAGCACAGGAAGGGAAGAGAUUUUGGUUGAGAUUCAAGGGACACUGAAUUAAGGAGAACCAUCUUUAUGCCUGAAAAUUUAGCAGAAUUCUAACUGUGGCCUCCAGGGGCAAGUCCUAGAGGCAAAUGGAUAAUAAAAUUGGACUGGAAAAUAAAUAGGUGGCACCCUAUUAGAAUGGCCAUCCUACCAUGCUGGUUUGGGGGAAAUGCAUUGAAUAAACUAACCCGAGGACCUAUUUCCUUUGGAUUUCGGAUUGUCCAGGGAGAAAAAUUCAGAAUCUUCAAGAUGAAUUGGUGAAACUCAUAGGCAUAAUGAAUUACUCAGCUCAUCUGAUUCCCAUCCCUCUUCUCUCAUCCACUAUAACAGUGACCUUUAUCUCAGAUGACUGUGUGCCUGGCCAUUUCCUCUGAAGUGCUGUUCAUGCCCAUCCCGACCUUGCAUGAUAAUAUAAAGGACCAGGAAGCAGUGUAGGAAGUGCUUGGAUUUGUGUGGACAUUCAGGAAGCUUAUUAUCAUAUAUUAACGUCAAUGGUACUAGAAAGUACAGUGCCAAGAGCCACCUGGAGGCCCAGCCAACAAGGAUGGAUGCUGUCUGAUGUCAUGGGACCCUUCUAUUUUAUACUUGUGGACUGCAGGUUACUUGAGAGCUAUAAGGGCUAGGAGAUCUGGAGAUUGCUCCAGGGAAUCAUCUCCAGAUUUUACUAGUGUGUUAAAAAGUCCUUAGUAGGAUGAACUGGUUCUCAGGGUCCCUCUAGAGAUCUAAUUAUUCAAGAGGAACCCAAGAUCCAGCCUCCUAUACAGAUGCUGCCUGAUGAAGGACCUGCAUAACUCUGCCCAUUCAGGCAGACACUUCUGCUUCAGCUUAGAGAAGAACGCUUCAAAAUAAUCAAGUCCAAGACAAGCAAGCAUGUGUGUUCACUGUGGAGUGGUCCCCAAUGUCUCCUUUGAGUGAGAAGGUGUGACCCAGGCACCCUGUAGCAGAAGUGCUCCGGACCCUGGCAGCCAGCAGCUUCUGUGGCAUAGGUGGUACUUGCAGUUGGUGUUUUCUGGCCACGCAGCCCU